CGUCAAAAAAUUCUCAAUCGCAAACGUCAGUUGAGAGGUGUGCAAAGUGCAAAGAAAAGAAACAAGAAAAUUCAACUUCGAUUUGCGGUUCGUUCGUGAAGUUUGUUCGAUGUUCGUCAUUCGCCAAAAACGAACAAAAAUAUUUUUAUUUUGUUUUGCAUAAAUUUUAAGAAUACAAAUUCAUAACCCUCAAGAAUUCAAAUUAAAAGAAGUGAUUCCAUUUAUUUUUUAAAUAUAUCAUCAUGCCAUUGCCAUCGUCGUCGUCGUCUCGGUCGCCUUCGUCGUGCCCAUUUAAUGUAUCCUCAACCAAAAGAUCUUCCUCUGCCACCCAACUAAUGUGCUAUAAAAUAAUUAUUAAUAGCGAAAAAGAGUGUCAUGCGAUUCAAUUAAUGUUUUAAUUAUUUAAUCGUUGUGACUACACAGCGAUUUGAGUUUGUGUCUGCCUCUGCCUCUGGCUUUGGCUCUGUCUCUUCCUCUGCCUAGUGCGCUGCGUUGAACGUGGGAGGAAAAUAAAAUAAAAUUAAACUGAGGCAACUAUUUCUGUUGCCUAACAUAAAUACUAAGAAAAAACUAAUAACCUCCCGAAAAAUAAAACUCAAAAACUUCUACAAGCUACUCAAGGAUAAGCUUUUCAAAAGAUGUGUUGCUUUAAAUGGAAACAAAUGCAGUCACGUUUUUAUCUAAGAAGUUCUCCAUUUGGAAAGUAGAUGCCGGAUAGGAGCUUUCAAAAUGAGAAGGCGAAUUCCCUUACCACUUCCCAAUACUGGGUCCAUGUACAGACGAAGAAAUGCCUACUGCAUACGUGCUACAAUAACAAUUUUUGUACUUUUCAUUUUAUUGCAAAUACACGUAUCGUACUAUUCUGAAUCUAGAGAUCCAAUUGUGGGUGACCCUACGAAUGAUUCUACAGCAGCCAUAUUAUCAAUGGUUCCAUCGGUUUUUCAUAAAUUUCUCAAAGUGAAAACACGAAAUCAGACCCUUACUGCAGUGGGAAAUCACAACGGAACAACGCAAAAUCUUUACCUAGAAGUCUAUCAUCCACCAAAUAUAACAGAAAUUAAGCGAAUGAUUGCCAAAUACAAUGAACUACAAAUAGUUUUAAAUGAGGAUACUUUUGGUCCCCUUCAAAAUGAUUCUGUGAUAAUAGUGAUACAGGUUCACACGCGCAUCACAUACCUUCGCCAUUUAAUCGUGAGCUUAGCCCAAGCUCGUGAUAUUUCAAAAACUUUAUUAAUAUUCUCUCAUGAUUAUUAUGAUGAAGAUAUUAAUGAUUUGGUGCAAACAAUAGACUUUUGUAAAGUAAUGCAGAUAUUCUAUCCAUUUUCUAUACAAACACAUCCGCAUGAAUUUCCUGGUGUGGAUCCUGGUGACUGUCCGAGAGAUAUGAAAAGGGAUCAAGCAAUUAUUCGAAAAUGUAACAACGCAUUGCAUCCAGAUUUAUAUGGCCACUAUCGAGAGGCUCCAUUUACCCAAACAAAACACCACUGGUGGUGGAAGGCGAAUAGGGUAUUCGAUCAGUUGGAAGUUACACGCUUUCAUACUGGUUUGGUUUUGUUCCUAGAAGAAGAUCAUUACGUAGCGGAAGAUUUUCUCUAUCUGCUGGAAUUGAUGGAAAAACGGGCACAUGAUCUUUGCCCACAAUGCAAUAUUUUGUCAUUGGGAACGUACUUAAAAACCUUUAACUACUAUACAUACAAUAGCAAGACCAAUAAGAAAACCUAUAAUGGUCAGUAUUCUUCGCUAAUCGGUUCUAACAGUUUGUUAGGAUAUAGUUUCAAAGGCAAUAAUAUGAAUAAUAACAAAAAUAAUAUUGAUGUUAAGCAAAAACAUAACUCGAAUAAAAAUACUAAUAGUAACACUGAGCACAAAGGCAAAUCAAAUGGCUUGAAAAGUCACUAUGCCGAUGGUGAAUCAAAUGCACUAACGACUGAUAAAAGUACAGCACAACAAACUUGGAGCUAUCACGUCUUACCAUCAUUGUAUUCAGUUUAUCAGAAGGUUGAAGUGAUGCCAUGGAUCAGUAGCAAGCACAAUAUGGGCUUUGCCUUCAAUCGAAGCACAUGGCAUGGUAUACGAGUAUGUGCGAAGCAUUUUUGUUCGUAUGAUGAUUACAAUUGGGACUGGUCGCUGCAGCAUGUUUCGCAGCAAUGCUUGGUAAAGAAGUUACACGCUAUGAUAGUCAAAGGGCCUCGUGUAUUUCAUAUUGGUGAAUGUGGAGUUCAUCACAAAAAGAAAAACUGUGAAUCUAAUCAAGUGAUCUCAAAGGUGCAACAAGUACUUCGCAUCGCCCGGAAUGCUGGUCAAAUGUUUCCCAGAUCUCUAACACUGACAGUUGUUAGUUUAAUUAAGAAAACAAAGCUACGCAAAGGUAACGGCGGAUGGGGCGAUCUACGUGAUUUCCAACUUUGUAUGAAUACAACAAUUCCCACAAGAAAAAAUACUACGCAUAGAAACAUUAAAAUUAAAUAAAUGGUUAAAUAAACAAAUAUUUUAUAUUUACGUAAAAAAUCCUAGUCAUAGUUAAAAAAAAUAUUAUGUAAAUUAGAAUAAUAGUUAGUAAUUUGCUAAUAAAAAUUGUGUAU